AUGGAGGCGCUAAGUAGAAUGAUGCAGGCUACUAAAGCUAGUGGUCUUGUGGCUGGUUUUUCAGUGGGAUCAAGGAACAAUCCUGGUCUCAGUGUCUCACAUUUGCUGUUUGCUGAUGACACAUUGAUUCUUUGUGGGGCCGAUGAGGAACAUCUAAAAAAUCUGCGGUGUCUUUUUCUGUGUUUUGAAGCGGUCUCGGGGAUAAAAAUUAACUUGUCAAAGUCUGAGAUUGUUCCAAUUGGUGAGGUAGAGGAUAUUGAUAGGCUGGCUAACAUUUUUGGGUGUAGGGUGGCAGGAUUACCUAUGAAGUAUUUAGGUCUUCCUUUGGGGGCGCCUUAUAGGUCUACCACCAUUUGGAAUGAUAUUAUUGAGAAGAUGGGAAGGAAAUUGAUUGGAGAAGCUACAAAGAGACUUCCUGUGGGGUGGUCUAAAUGA